CAGUACGGUUUCUGCGCUCUACAAACUUGUAGUAGGCGGGGUUUACUCUGUAGUAUGUGGUCCACUCGCGCUAAACCAAAGAUCUGGGUGUUUUCCUCCUUAUCCUCCAUUACAGGUCAGAUUCUCAGCUUUGCCGUACGGCGCAGGCCUGAAGUAGCGCAGCCGCUCUGAGGUAAGCUGUAUCAAGCGAUGGAUGACCACACAGUACAUCAGGCAGAGCACAUGACUACCAUUGAGGCCCAUGCUGUUUCACAACAAGUGCAUGUGUCUACUUACACAGAGCACAGCAUGCUAAGUGCUGAUGAAGACUCACCUUCAUCACCUGAUGAUGAUACUUAUGAUGAUUCUGACAUUCUAAACUCAGCAGGAGCAGAUGAAGUUACAGCACAUUUGGCAGCUGCAGGUCCUGUUGGUAUGGCAGCUGCUGCUGCUGUGGCAACAGGAAAGAAACGCAAAAGACCACACAUCUUUGAGUCAAACCCAUCAAUACGCAAAAGACAGCAAACUCGCCUUCUUAGGAAGUUGAGAGCUACUUUGGAUGAAUACACAACAAGAGUUGGCCAGCAGGCUAUUGUUCUUUGUAUCUCUCCCUCUAAACCCAAUGCUGUAUUUAAAGUUUUUGGGGCGGCUCCACUUGAAAAUGUAGUGAGGAAGUAUAAGAGUAUGAUUUUGGAGGACCUUGAAAACGCCCUAGCUGAACACGCCCCACCUGGGGGUGGAGACCUGAGCUCUGAUCUCCCACCACUUACUAUUGAUGGCAUCCCAGUGUCUGUGGACAAAAUGACACAGGCCCAGCUCCGUGCUUUCAUUCCUGAGAUGCUAAAAUACUCUACUGGCCGAGGAAAACCUGGCUGGGGUAAGGAAAGUUGCAAACCUAUAUGGUGGCCAGAUGACAUUCCUUGGGCCAACGUACGAAGUGAUGUGCGCACAGAGGACCAAAAACAACGGGUCUCAUGGACACAGGCUCUAAGAACAAUUGUCAAAAACUGCUACAAACAGCAUGGAAGAGAGGACCUUCUUUAUGCAUUUGAAGACCAUCAGGUCACCACUCACCAGGUUGCUGCGGCAGCCACACACAGCAUAGCACACUUGGUGCCUUCCCAAACUGUGGUUCAGACCAUCAGCAAUCCAGAUGGAACUGUAUCACUUAUACAGGUUGGCACUGGAGCAACGGUAGCUACAUUGACUGAUGCAUCAGAAUUGCCAGGCACUGUUACUGUCGCACAGGUUAACUUUUCUACAGUCACCGAUGGAGAGGUUGAUCAGAACUGGGCAGCACUGCAGGGAGGUGAAAUGACUAUUCAGACCACACAGGCAUCGGAAGCUACACAAGCAGUGGCUUCUUUGGCACAGGCUGCCGUUGCUGCUUCCCAAGAGAUACAGCCAGGAACAACAGUUACUAUGGCACUCAACAGCGAGGCGGCAGCCCAUGCUGUGGCAACAUUGGCAGAGGCGACUCUUCAAGGAGGUGGGCAGAUCGUAUUGGCAGGAGAGACAGCAGCUGCAGUUGGGGCUCUUACUGGAGUUCAAGAUGCCAAUGGUUUAGUCCAGAUUCCAGUAAGUAUGUAUCAGACUGUAGUUACCAGUUUGGCCCAGGGAAAUCGGCCUGUACAAGUUGCCAUGGCUCCUGUUGCCACACGCAUCGACAACACUGUAACGUUGGAUGGGCAAGCUGUGGAAGUUGUGACCUUAGAACAGUGACACCAUUGCAAAUAGGCAGAUUAGUUCUGCCUAUUAUUAAACGAAGAAGCCACUGAAAUGAAACAACCUUCAAAUGCUGUUGGGGAAAUAACCGCAAAAAAAUAUUUUAACAGGGAAUUGAAUGUUUCUUUGUUCUUCGAUAUUGUCUGUUUUUUGGCUUUUAAUAGUGUGUUUGUUUCAGAUUAUAAUGUUUGUAACAUACAGCAAAUAGACCAAAUAAAUGGACCAAAUUCAUUGUGGCUGCAGGUCUCUGAAUGAUAUGUUCUUUCUGUGUAACAUUUUGUAGCCCCAAAUACUACUUUUCCUUGGUGUUUAUAUUGGCAGAUUGAAUUCAUUUCAUGCACUGAGUUUUAUUUAAGAAUGUGUUCCAUGUGUGCCAUUUAUAAAUAGUUUGCUUGAUCAUUCAUGUUUGUUUUUGUUUUAAACUCAUCACCUAUUGUUGUUGCAAGUGUCAACUAACCUAUGAAUUAUCUGCAUUUUCUCAACUGAAAAAAAUAUUACGUUCUUGUUAAACCACAUGUUUGUAACCAUAUAAUUCUACAUUAAACUUGGACAUAAACCAUAAACUGCUUCUGAUCGAAAUAAGCAUAAUAAAUAGUCGUAAAUA